AUGCAAAAAUUAGAACCACAGAAUACAUCAAAAGAUGAUACUAUGAUUAAUAAUAAAAAGACUCCCCAAGAAGAAAAACCUUUAACACCCCAGAAAAAAGUUCAAAAAAAGAAGAGAACUGUAGUAACUGAGAUGUCAUUAUUUGGAAAAAUUUGGACAGCUUUAGAUCGAAUGACAUCUAAAAAUACAAGACAAUAUUUUGUGAAACUUAUGAGAAUAAAUAUCUUUACUGUAAAGAUUAUGGAAUGUUUUAAAACACUUAAAGAACAUCUGCAUAUCACCAUUAGUGUUGAAAGAGAGCUUAUUGAUCUAAUGAGCACCUUUAAAUAUGAUACAACAUCCGUGAUUACUAAUAGUAAAAAGCAACUUAAUAUUGAUAAUUAUAGAUUGGCUCAUGAUAUUCCACAAUUACAUGAAAAUAUAUUUCCAUCUAAAAAAUCAUCACCAGAUGAUUGUUUUGAUAGCAAGGAAAAAUUUAAAAAUUUACUUGGAAAUAUGAAUCUUACAAUUGAAGAAUUAGAUGCAUUUGUAAGAGUACUUCGUAUUGGUUCAACAUAA